CUGCUCUGCUAUUGGUAUUUGCACUAUUUGGUAUUGGUAUCAUUUUAGGUUAGCUCUGUCGUUCUCGUUUUGGAAGACCGAAGAUUUUCAAUCAAAUUUCUUAUCGAACUUUUAUUUUGAAAUUUUGAAUAUUAAUUAGUAAAUACUUCUUCAAAAUCUGUUAUAGUUCCGAUAUUUCAUAAAUACACUUGUUAAAAUGUUGUUAACCACUCCACUCCGUAUAUUUGGACGACAUUUGCGACCUUUGUCGAAAAAAACAUUAAGAAUGUACUCUGCCGUCACUGAGCCAUUAACUGUACCACAGCCAGACGGAACCCAACUAACGAGCUCUCCUAAAUUAGAAAAACUGUACACAGAAAUCUCUUCAUUGACAAUGGUUGAAGUGUCACAGUUUACUGAAUUAUUAAAAGUCCGACUUAACCUUAAAGACGUUCCCAUGGGAGCAGUGGUCAGCGCCCCAGCUGCAACAGGACAAGAUGAAGAAGAAGAAGUAGCUACAACAGUCAAGACAAGUUUCACCGUUAAACUUAUGAAAUUUGAUGAAAAACAAAAGGUUGCCUUGAUUAAAGAAGUGAAAAACUUAUUAGAAGGCAUGAAUUUAGUACAGGCUAAAAAGUUUGUCGAAAGUGCCCCUACAGUUAUCAAAUCAGAUAUUGGUAAAGAUGAGGCAGAGAAAUUAAAGGAAGCAUUUACUAAAGUAGGAGCUGAAUGUGUAAUUGACUGAGUUUUACUCAUUUGUUAUAUUUUAAUAAUAUAUAAUUUAUUUUUAAUUUCACAAAGUUUUAAUGGUUAAUGUAAGUAGUAAAUAUCAUGAUGUAUCAAUAAAGUUGUAUGUAUGAUAUCCUUA